AAUUAACUUAAUUAGUAAGAAUAAACCACGUGUCCCACGUAGACGGUUCGUGAUUAUUCUUCGUCUACUUCGCACGGAAGAGAGCCGACAGAGAGAGAGAGAGAUCCAGAAGAAGGAAAAGUAUGGCUUUGCAAUGGCUGAUCCUGUCGUAUGUGGUGGCCGCCGAAGUUGUAAUCGCCGUCGUGUUGACUCUCCCUUACCCUAUGCUUGUGAAGAAACGUGUCGUAUCACUUGUCUCUCUCAUUCUCCAACCUGCUGCUUCCAUCGUCGCCUUCGCCGGAUUUCAGCUCCUCGAUAUUUACUGGAAAAAUGAGCAUAGACUUUCUUGUUCAUCUGAGGUAUGCACUGCUACAGAGCGAGAUCGCUACGAGAAAUCUAUCUACAAGGCUCAGAGGAAUGUGGUUCUGUGUGCUGGAGGAAUUCUUCUCUACUGGUGCAUCUACCGCAUCUGCAAGUACAACAAGGACCUGGAGAUCUUGGAGGAAACAGAGAAGAGAUACAAGGACGAACGAUAUGAUCCUCCACUCUCUGUCUGUUUUACGUGCAAAGACGAGCACCUGGAAGGAAGUAAGUACCAUUACUACUGUGCUACUUGCAAUUUAGAAUUCCAUAGAGGUUGUCACAGGUUCCCACCAGAGGUCAUACACCCUUUUCAUCCUUCUCACCCUCUAACUUUCGUUUGCACAAAUCCUGUUUUCCACAUUUCAAUGCUAGCCCCUUUUUGGAAAGAUGAAUCCAUGAAUUCAGAUGCAUCUGAAAGUGAUGAUGAUGACGUCGUCUCUGUAUCCGAAGAAAACGUUGGUAAAUGCAAAUGUUGCUGGAGACCUCGUAAUGAGUCAUACUACCAUUGUUUCAUAUGCAACUUCAGCAUAAACGCCUUGUGCACUCGAUACCGACCACCACUUAUCAUCUCAUAUCUAAAAAGCCAUCAACACACCCUCACCCUCUUUCAUACACGACUCCCUUUGCCCUGUAAUGCUUGCGGAGUGUCUCUGGAUGACUCUACAUAUAAAGAUUUUGUUUACGCUUGUCUCCCUUGUAGCUACAUGGUCCAUAGAAACUGUAUCUACUUACCUCGUGUCAUUAAGCUCACUCGCCACCCGCACCGUCUUUCUUUCUCUUCUGUGCUUUCUUCUAAUGACAUCCCUUGUGGUGUCUGUCGCCAAAGUGUCAGCGUUAACCAUGGGCAGUACUCUUGUAAUAAAGGAUGUCCUUAUGCUGUCCAUUCCAAAUGCGCGACAAGGGACUACGUGUGGGAUGAGAAAGAUCUUGAAGGCGUACCCGAAGAACCUGUUGACGUUACUGAGCCAUUCACAAGGAUUGAUGAAUCCACAAUACGACACUUCAGCCAUGACCAUCAUCUAAGCCUCUACUGCAAUGACAAGAGUAGAGAUGAAGAAGAAAACAAGUUUUGCCAGGGAUGCAUCCUUCCGAUAAUGGUCUCCGAGAAGUUUUAUGGUUGUGUGCAGCAGUGUGAUUACAUACUUCAUGAAGCAUGUGCAUGCCUUCCCCUGAUCAAAAACUAUCCCCUACACAGACACUCGCUUAUCCUCCGAGUCCCGUUCCCUCCUGAACACCAUGAGCUCUGGUUUGAGGAAUAUGAUGAAGGUAUGUUCCAAUGCAGUUCUUGUUACCAAGAAUGUUGCGGGUUUCUGUACAAAUGCGGGGAAGAAGGCUGUAAGUUUCAGCUAGACGCAAGGUGCGCUUCACUUCCGGAUCCUUUCACUCAUGGAAGCCAUGGCCACCCAUUUUUCUUCAGUUUCACCUGUGGUACUUGCAUGGUUUGUAAAAUCUUUUCCUUUUCAUAUUCUAUGCUAGAAUGUGUUAAGAGCAAGUCUCUCUUGUGUCUCAAAUGCGCCACUAUACCUUGUGUGGCGCAUUACAUAUAUGAUAGGCAUCCACUCACUCUCUGCUACGGCGAAGAAGACGCAACGAAUCUCACUUAUUGGUGCGAGAUUUGUGAAUCAAACAUCGAUGCUACGAAGUGGUUCUAUACAUGCAACUGUUGUGGUGUCACUCUCCAUCUUCGAUGUCUAUUGGGGUACACCACAGGAUCAAGCUAUACGACGUUGCGUAGAGAGGUUGGUGCUCAAACGCAACGAAACGAAUCUAAGCUCGGAAGCAUCCUCUUCAGAGAGAUGGUAAUAAUCAAAUUCUCAAGACUUCAGUUUGCAAAAUGCAUUCAGAGAAACAAGUGA